AAUUUACUUCUGGAUCCAUCAACACAUAUAUGUAUUUGUUUAGUGAGUGAAUUCAUCUAUAAAUUGAGCUCUAUGUCUCUCAUAAUUUCUUACAUCACAAAACAUUUCCUUCUUAUAAUUAAGAAUUGCUUCAACUAAUAUAUGCCAAUGAAGAGUCUCUCAUUUCUUGCAACUCUAUCUCUUUUGGCUUUAACACUUCAAUUAGCUUUUGCUGCUGAUCCAAGCCCCGUUCAAGACUUCUGCGUCGGCGUAAACACCCCAGCCAAUGGUGUGUUUGUGAACGGAAAGUUUUGCAAAGAUCCAAAGCUCGCCACAGUAGAAGACUUCUUUUUCACAGGGCUUGACAGGCAGAGAGUCGCAACCAAUGCGCUUGGAACAAGUGUGACCCCCGUUUUCGCUGGUAACCUUCCGGGGUUAAACACCCAAGGAAUCGCAUUUGCUCGUGUAGAUUAUGCAAUAAACGGCCUAAUCCCUCCUCACACCCAUCCACGUGCCAGCGAGUUCUUGAUUGUCCAAGAAGGAACACUCUUGGCCGGUUUUGUCUCGUCAGACCAAGACGGAAACCGUCUUUUCUCCAAAACGCUCAACAAGGGUGAUCUCAUUGUGUUUCCAGUUGGACUCAUCCAUUUCCAUAUCAAUGUGGGACGUGUUCCAGCAGUUGCAUUCACUGCUUUUAACAGCCAAAACCCAGGUCUUAUCACUAUUGCUAACACCGUGUUUGGCUCUAACCCGCCGAUAAACCCUAACGUUCUUGCUAAGGCAUUUCAGUUGAACCCUAGGCUUGUCAUGGAUCUACAGAACAGAUUCUAACCAUAUAACAAAAACUAUAUAUUGAGCAUCUAAUUCCUUUCUUUCUUCUUUUUUUUUAAUUAACUUUGUUUGAAUAAGGAUUAUGUAUUAUCCAACCGUACAUCAAUAAGACAAUAACGUGGUUGGUCGUUGCGUCAGCGUCAUUACCC